AUGGCGCCGGCGAAGCACCACCACGCGCACCACCGCCACGACCACGGCGUCCACAAGAACGACCGCAAGUACCACGAGGAGAAGCACAAGCGCGCCGCCGAGGCCCAGCAGGCGGCGCUGCUCGCCGCGGCGGCCAAGGGCGACGUCGAGGGCGUCAUGCAGUACAUCAUGAACGAGCGCAACGCGCAGAACCACCUGCUCCUCCACGCCUGUUUCAGGGCAGCACAAGAGAGCGAAAUUCCCAGCUUCAAAGGCUCCGAUCUCGGCCGUUUUCCGCUCGCCUGUCUGCGGUUCAAGAACCUCACGGAGGCCCAGUUCCUCACGGUGCUCCGCUGGGACGAGCGCGCCGCGGGGCAGGGAGCAAAAAUAUGCAACACGACUUCAAUAUGCAUGGUUUUGCACGAGUUCGACAUCGUUUCUCUGCCGCGCGCCGCGGAGACGGCGAACGAGCAGGGCUGGUUCCCGCUCCACAUCCUCGCGCACACGACGGCGCGCCCGACGACGACGAUGGUCCGCGCGCUGACGGUCCUGUACCCGGCCGCCGCGCGCGCGCCCAUCGUGAGCGGCUGGCUGCCGCUGCAGCUCCUGUGCCAGCACGCGCGGAACAAGGGCGACAACUCGCACCACGGCGUCCGCGCGACGCCGGCCCUCCUCAGCGCGCUCCGCGCGGCCUACCCCGGCGCGGCGACGGAGUGCCUGCCCCAGGCGCGGAAGAACGGGUUAGGGGAAAAAACAGCGGAGAGCUUGCUGCCCUUCGACCUGCCGCACCGCGAGGCCUGCGUCGCGGCGCUCCGCGAGAACGCGCUCGACAUGGUCAAGCGCGACGACCACGACCGCUUCGAGGCGGAGCGGCUCAAGGGCCAGCUCAAGUUCGAGGCGCGGCGCGCGGCGGACGCGGGCGACGCGCCGGGCGUCGUCGACGUGCUCAAGCACGCGCACGGCCACUACAGCGGCAUCACGGACGUGCUCGACGACCGGGGCCACGCGCUCUUCGCGCGCUGCCUCGACCGCUGCGGCGAGACUUUGGACGACGCGUCCUUCGACUACCUCUUCCGCGCGUCGCCGGGCGCCCCUUUCCGCGAGGACUUCCAGCGCAUGCUCCCGAUCCACACGCUCAUGAACGGCUGCGAGGCCGCGACGCCCCACAUGGUGCGCAGCCUGAACGCGGCCCACCCCAAGGGCGGCGCGCACCGGGGCCUCCGGGGCUGGACGCCGCUCCACUUCUUCUGCAUGCGGAACCCGACGUGGCCGCGCGCGGCGGCCAUCCUCGCGCUCCUCCUCGACACCAAGUCCGGCGCCAAGGCCUGCCGCCUCCGCGACCAGCGCGGCGACCUCCCGAUCCACCUCUUCUGCCAGACCUGCGCGGACCUCAAGGACGUCGUCGAGCAGGAGAUCGCGAGCGGCAACUACGGCCGGGCCCGGCGGAGGCCGCCGCCGAAGAAGAAGACCAAGGUCGAGAACGUGCGCGCGGCGUUCCGCCGCGCGUCCGUGGCCGUGGGCCUCGCCGGCGGCGCGGACGACGACGACGAGCCCGAGGCGCCGGAGGAGGAGGCCUACGCCUGGAACGCGGACCAGGCCGUCGCGUGCGUCAAGCUCUUGGUCAAGGCCUACCCCGAGUCGUGGCGCCUCGCGGGCAAGGGCAAGGUCACGUCCCUGGACCUCGCGCCCCCGGAGCUCCACGAGGCCAUGCUCAAGGCCGCCGACGGCAGGGCGGGCGACGGCUCCGAGAGCUCCGACGACGACCUCGACAACAAGUUCAACCUCGCCAAGUUCGAGGACGGCCUCCACGACGUCAAGACGCACAAGCACCAGCGGCACAAGGUCGACCUCGAGACGGCGGACCUCGGCGACGUCGUCGACGACGGCAAGACCGACGAGGGUCUCUGCCAUCGGCUGCUCCGGAGGUACGACGGCGCGAACGCGCGCGACGCGGGCGAGCACGGCGGCUUCCUGCUCCACCGCCUGCUCCGCCGCAAGCCCGACGUCGGCGCCGACGUGCUCCGCGCCGUGCUCACGUGGUCGUCCAAGGCCGCGCGGACGGCCGACGGCGAGGGCUGGCACCCGCUGCACCUCCUCGCGCGGCGCGCGACGACGGACCGGUUGGUGACGGGCGCGUCCGCGCGGCGCGUGCUCAACACGUUCCGCGAGUGCGCCGUGCUCCGCGGCGGCGGCGACGGCCGGCUCCAGAACCCCCUCGCGGCGCUCUGCGCGCACCUGACGCACAAGAGCGCGCACGUGAAGACGCCGCUGAGCUACGAGAACCACUGGACGAAGGAGACCUACGACGAGUGGGAGCAGCGCAUGGUCGCCGUCGCGCGCGCGCUCGCCGACGGCCACCCGGACGCGCGGACCCAGAAGACGGCCCACGGCCACGUCGCCGUCGACCUGCUCCCGGCGCACGCGGACUACGACGGUUUAAGGGCCGUCGCGCGGCCGCCGCCGCGCCGCGCGCCCGUGGACAAGCACGCCCUGGGCCGCAUGGCGCCGCGGCUCGCGAAGCUCGCCGACGCGGCCUUCGCCGCGGAGGCGGCCGGCGACGCCGCGGACGAGGCGAGGGACGGCGCCGCGCGGCUGACCAAGUGCAUCCCGCUGGGCCUGCCCGUCGAGGACGGCGGCAUCACGGCCAUCUCGCGGCCGCCGACGGCGGCGUCGGACUACGACGACCCGCCGUCGACGCCCGUCGGCGGCGCGCGGCGGCCGCGGACGCCCGGCGGCACCGUCGCUCGGCCGACGACGUCCGGCGGCACGCUGCGGCCGACGACGCCCGGCGGCACGCUGCUCGUGCGGCUCCGCGUCGACGUGGCCAACGCGCAGUCGGGCCGGCCGGCGACGCCCCUGUCGCCGGGCGGCACGCGCCUCGCGACGACGCCGCGCGAGACGCGGACGCUCCGGCCUCUGACGCCCGGCGGCUCGCUCCGGCCUUUGACGCCCGGCGGCCGGAUCCAGCACAAGCCCCUCGCGGACCACGGCCUGCGCCGGCCCAAGACGCCCGACGGGAGCCACCUCGUGCCGCCGCUCACGCCCGGGGGCACGUUCCGCCCGACGACGCGCGGCGGCACGCUCCUCCGCGACAGCAACCUGCACGAGCACACGCACGACUUCAACGGCAACCCCAUCGGCGACCACGGCGAGUGCGUCUUCGGCGCUGACGGCGUCCCGCGGCCCAAGUCGAAGCACGCGGAGCGCAAGACCUACGGCCACACGGGCCUCCGCAUCGUCACGCGGUCCGUCGAGGAGGCGGCCGCGGCGUUCGAGCGGCACCGCGACCGCGGUGCGACGCCGACGACGCCCCGCCGCGCGUCGACGCCCGGCGCGAGGCGGCGCCCGCGGACGCCCGGCGCCGUCGUCUCCUUCUCCGACGCGCCGACGCCGCUCCGGUCCUCGAGCCGCGGCGGGAGCCGCGGCGGCCAGCGGCCGGACACGGCGGCGCGCAAGGCCGAGCGCGCGGCGAGGCGCCGCGACCGCGCCGCCGCGGCCGACGCGCACGUGCGCGACGUCCAGCGCGCCGAGGAGCUCGCGGCCGCCGCGGAGCUCGAGGCCGCGGACGCGGAGCUCAAGGUCGAGCGCAAGAAGCGGAAGCGGGCGACGCGCCUCGCGAAGCAGGCCCGGGGCGUCGCGUCGUCCAAGGCCGCGGCGCGGCGCGCGUCCAUGGCCGCGCGGCGCGCGGCGCUCGCCGCGGCCGCGCCGCCGCCGCCGGGCCUGCCCGCGCUGCCCGCGCUGCCCGCGGCGCCCGCGCGGGACGACGACCGGCCCGACCCGACGCUCGCCGCCGCGGAGAAGCGGCGGAGGCGCGACAAGUCCUACCUGAACCGCGUGACCUUCCUCGGCCGGUCCAUCGGCCUCCGGCUGUGCCUCCGCGCGACGGUCCAGCCGGGCGUCCACGGCUACCGCCACCACGCGAACGCGGCCCCCACGCGGAAGCCGUCGGCGAUCCGGGACUGGGUCACGUCGGACCUGAACCGGAGCGCGCUCGCCGGGCGGCACGAGUGGUGA